AUGGAAAAUAAAGGAUCCUGUAUCCAAUAUCGUAUUUGCAGUCACGAAUCGUUUGUUGUCCGAACGAAAGAUGAAUUUAAUAUUUACCUCGGAUCACACUCUGCGAUAGGAGUUUCUGAGUCUGCUGAAAAUAAAAACUAUAUCAUAGAAUCUUCGUUUAAUAAUUGUAGAGGAAAUGGUGCAGUAUUAGCAAGUCAAAAUGGUAAAAUAGAAAAUAUUAAUAUUUCUUUUUCUUCUAUGAAGUAUUAUGCAGGAUAUGCUAUCGCAGAUUCUUUAGAAAAUUCAUUUGGUAAUACUAGUAAUUUUUAUAAUAUAACUUCAGAAGUGUCUAUCUUUGGAGUUGGUAAUAUAAAACAUUUCAUUUCGCAUUGUAAUAUCAUUAAAUGCUAUGAUCCAAAUAAUGCAAUAAUUUAUUGUAUUCAGAAUUCAUAUCUUUCUUUGAGUCAAUGUUUUAUUAAAGAAAAUACAUCUCCAUUGUUUAUUAGGAUUGAAAAUACUGCCGAAAUUGUUAUUAAUCAUUCGCAUUAUGAUGAAGAUAAUUCAAUAGAUAAUACAUGUAAUAAUCCUGAUAUGAUUAAAAUUGAAUCUCCACAGAUAUUGAGUAAAUUAGAAAACAAGUAUUUGUCAACAGUAUUUUGUGAAGCAGAAAAUAAAUAUUUAGAAGAAGAUAAAUUAGAAUUUAAUAUGUCAUGUCCAAGAAUGAAUUCAAAAUUUAAUAUUUUCCCAUUGUUUCAUGUUCUAACUAGUCCAAAGAACAUAAUAAAUUCUAAAUCUCCAAAAACUAUGAUCAAUUUAAACAGCAAAAUCAACAACUAUAAAUCACAUCUAGAAUCCAAACUUAGAGACAAACUUAAACUUAAAUCUAAAACUAAAUGCUCUGAGACUAUUUAA